AUGAUACGGGCUUUCCCCUCCAGCCGGGUUUCUGUGUACAGCAUACCAGCUCCAUAUGACUCUGAGCAGACUGCAGGGCAGGAAAGUCCACAUAUUCACUACUGCCCGUCCUACCAAGAAGGCUUGUGUCAGAAGUACUGUUUCUUCAAAUGGAUGAGGUGGUGUUCCUGGAGAAGACGGUUUCUAGGAAUGUUACCUAUAGCUUCUUUAAUAGUUGCAGUAAUUGUGCUAGUCCUGCACUAUUCGUUCUCUCCGGCUUUCUCCUUUAUUUAUAUUGGUGGAAGUGUAGAAAUUCCUAAUUUGACUUACACAAACGACCUCAGUGAUUCAAAGUCACAGAAAUUCCUCCUGCAAGCAGAAGCAAUCCAAAAUUAUUUUGCAGAAUCAUAUGAGUCUUCCUCCUUGGGAAAGUACUACUUGAAGUCUGUCGUGGCUGCUUUCAGUGAAGGAGAGUCUGGACUUCGAGCUUAUUACUGGAAUACAUUCUGGGCACCACAAGAUAUGAUGUUUUCUCUUAAAAAGUUAACUCCAGUGGAACAAAAAGAAAUCAGUAGUAAACAAGCAGCUCACAUGUUCAGCUCUUCUGGGGAGGAAGAUUUUGAUCUCGUUGCAAUGGAGCUUUUUGUUUCAGAUUCCACAGAAUAUGAUGUGAUGCUAAAAUCAGCAGUAUCCUUUGACCUGUAUGCCAAGCCAGGUAACAACAGGACUCUAACUCUGAUGAAUCCCAAAAAGUCUUUUUAUCAAUGGAGGCUGCGAGUUCCUUCUAACUAUGUGGUGAGACUGGUAGUUAUCACUUUGCAUGGUGUCACUCCAGAGACCUGUGCCUCACACCAUUUAUCAGCAUACGAUUUCCUUCUUCCUCUGCAGAACAAGAUCAUUACAAGAUGGUGUGGACCUGGAGCCUGGACUACUCCUGUUGUACGUUUAACUUCAUCAAGUAAUGUAAUGUUGCUUACCUUCUCACUGCACCAAAGAGAAGAAAGCAACGUAUUAAAAGCUCACUUUCAAGCUGUUCCUAAAAUCAUGUGUGGUGGUCAUUAUAUUUCCUGGAACGGGACACUGAGUUCUCCUUAUUACCCAAGUUACUACCCACCAAAUAUUGACUGCAGCUGGAUCAUCAGAGCACCAUUGCCUGGCUACAAGCUCUCAUUAAAAAUCCUUUUAAUACAAAUUCAAGAGAAGUCUCCAGGGUCCAGUAAAUGUGAUAAAGACUGGUUAGAGAUUGAUGGGGUUAGAUACUGUAAAAGUCUUUCAGAAAACAACAGAAACAGAGAAUACGGCUAUUCUGUCGCAAUCAACUUCCAUUCCGAUGAAUUGGUCACACACAGAGGGUUUUAUAUUGAAUACAAAGCCUUCAGUCACACAGAUCGUUGUGAUCCAGAACAGUUGAACUGUGGUGAUGGGAAGUGUAAGCAUCAGUAUAAGACUUGUAAAGAUGAUGACAGCUGUGGGGAGGCCAGUGAUGAAAACAACUGCUCCUACAAAAGUUGCUCCCCUUAUGCAUACAAAUGCCUCAAUGGAAAAUGCUUGCUGAAACCAAAUCCUGAGUGUGAUGGGAAAAGUGACUGUCCAGAUGGAUCUGAUGAAAUAAACUGUGCUUGUGGAAGACACCAGCUUAAGAAAAACAGAAUUGUUGGAGGUGAAGAUGCAAGAUCUGGGAAGUGGCCUUGGCAAGCAAGUUUACAGAUGGGAGCAUAUGGCCAUAUAUGUGGCGCAUCUGUUAUUUCCAACAGGUGGCUCAUAUCUGCUGCCCAUUGCUUCCUGGAUUCUGAUUCUAUGAGAUACUCAGUUCCUUCGGGAUGGAGCGCAUAUAUGGGCUUAUAUACUAUUAAUGACAAGAGCAAUCAUGUAGCUGUGAGAUCAAUCAAAAGAAUUAUCGUCCACCCACAGUAUGACCAAUCUAUCUCAGACUAUGACAUUGCCCUGUUGGAAAUGGAGACGCCUGUAUUCUUCAGUGAGCUGGUACAGCCCAUUUGUUUACCCAGCACCUCUAGAGUAUUUGUUUAUGGAACUGUCUGCUAUGUAACUGGCUGGGGAGCCAUAAAAGAAAAUAGUCAUCUUGCCAAAACACUGCAGGAAGCUCGAGUGAGAAUAAUUAACCAAAGUGUUUGCAAGAAGCUGUAUGAUGAUCUUAUCACAUCACGUAUGCUGUGUGCUGGGAAUCUUAAUGGUGGCGUUGAUGCAUGCCAGGGAGACUCUGGAGGUCCCUUGGCCUGCACAGGAAAGGGAAAUAGAUGGUACCUCGCUGGCAUUGUGAGCUGGGGUGAAGGAUGUGCUCGGCGCAAUCGUCCUGGUGUAUACACUAAGGUGACAGCACUUUAUGACUGGAUUCGUCAGAAUACAAACUGAUGUGCCAAGGAGAAAAUGCAGA